GGUCCCUCCGGCCGACGCGCACCAUUGGCGGGGCAGACGAAGCCUCCCGGGCCUCUAGCCUCGGGGCCGGCCUGGGAGACCCCAGAGGCGAGAGUGGAGGGGCGGGGCUCGGCCGGCCGGCACGGAUUGGCUGAGCUGCUGACCGCCGGUGCCAAUUGGAGGGGCUCCUCCCGCCUUUCGUCAACCGCCUGAGGUGCCCGGCGGUUUUUGAGGGGUGAAGACUCGACGCCCGGCGGAGGGGGUGGCGGUAGCGGCGGCGGUAGCGACGGAUCCUGGACAGGACGCGGAGUCCUGCUCGGCCAGCAGAGUGAGCAGGUAUUUGCUUUCUCCUGCUCUUUUUAAACAAAGACAAAAAUGCCAAUACGACCAGAUCUUCAGCAGUUGGAAAAGUGCAUUGAUGAUGCUUUAAGAAAAAAUGAUUUCAAAUCUUUGAAAACCCUUUUACAAAUUGAUAUAUGUGAAGAUGUGAAGAUUAAAUGCAGUAAACAGUUUUUCCACAAGUUGGAUGACCUUAUAUGCAGGGAACUUAAUAAAAAGAAUAUCCAAACUGCCUCAACCAUUUUGGUUUCUAUUGGAAGAUGUGGCAAAAAUAUCAGCAUAUUGGGACAAGCUGGGCUUCAAACCAUGAUAAAACAAGGACUAGUUCAAAAGAUGGUUACCUGGUUUGAAAAAUCCAGAGAGAUUAUUCUCAGUCGAGGAAAUUCAAAAGACGAAGCUGUUAUAAAUAUGAUAGAAGACUUAUUUGAUCUUUUGAUGGUCAUACAUGACAUCGAUGAUGAAGGUAAACAGCAAGUAGUAGAAAGUUUCGUACCUCGAAUUUGUGCCCUCGUUAUUGACUCAAGAGUGAAUAUUUGUAUUCAGCAGGAGACCUUAAAAAAAAUGAAUGCCAUGCUUGACAAAAUGCCUCAAGAUGCAAGGAAAAUACUUUCUAACCAAGAAAUGUUAACACUCAUGAGUAGUAUGGGUGAAAGAAUUUUAGAUGCUGGAGAUUAUGACUUGCAGGUGGGCAUUGUGGAAGCUUUAUGUAGAAUGACCACAGAAAAACAAAGACAAGAACUGGCAUGUCAGUGGUUUUCAAUGGAUUUUAUUGCUAAUGCAUUUAAAGGAAUUAAAGACUCUGAAUUUGAAACAGAUUGCAGGAUAUUUCUCAACCUUGUAAAUGGCAUGCUUGGAGAUAAGAGAAGGGUUUUUACAUUUCCUUGUUUGUCAGCAUUUCUUGAUAAAUAUGAGCUGCAAAUACCAUCAGAUGAAAAACUUGAGGAAUUUUGGAUUGAUUUUAAUCUUGGGAGCCAGACUCUAUCAUUUUACAUUGCUGGAGAUAAUGAUGAUCAUCAGUGGGAAGCAGUCACUGUGCCUGAAGAAAAAGUACAAAUGUACAGCAUUGAAGUGAUAGAAUCAAAGAAGCUACUGACUGUAAUUCUGAAAAAUAUAGUUAAAAUUGGUAAAAGAGAAGGGAAGGAAUUGCUUUUGUAUUUUGAUGUAUCAUUGGAAAUCACUAAUGUGACUCAAAAAAUUUUUGGUGCUGAUAAAUAUAGGGAAUUUGCCAGAAAACAAGGUAUUUCAGUUGCCAAAACAUCUGUGCAUAUACUUUUUGAUGCAAGUGGAUCACAGAUUCUAGUGCCAGAAAGUCAGUUCUCACCAGUAGAAGAAGAACUUAGUAGUUUAAAAGAAAAAUCUAAUCCUCAAAAGGAAUUUGCUGAGCCUCCAAAAUACAUCAAAAAUAGUAACCAAGGAAAUGGGAAAAAUAGUCAGCUCGAGAUAACUACUCCUAGCAAAAGAAAAAUGUCUGAAGCAUCAAUGAUUGUUCCUGGUGCAGAUAGAUACACUGUGAGAAGUCCAGUACUUUUAAUCAACACAUCAACACCACGAAGAAGAAGAAUUAAACCACCACUGCAAAUGAUAAGUUCAGCAGAAAAAGCUGCUCUUUCUAAAGCAUCAGAAAAUGGAGUGGAUAAUGCUAUAUCCCUUAAACCUAGACCAUCAGAAGGAAUAAAUAGGAGAGAUAAUGCAGACAAACAUAUUAAAACUGCUAAAGUUGCGGAAAAGACAGAAAAGAAGGACAUUGAAUUCCCAAACCAAAAUUUCAAUGAACUCCAGGACAUUGUUUCUGAAUCACAGGCAGUGGGAAAAAUAGAUAAACCUGUGCUGCCUGGUGUUUUAGACAACAUCUGUGAAAAUAAAAUGAACUCCAAAUGGGCAUGUUGGACACCUGUAACAACUAUUAAACUAUGUGAUAACCAAAGAGUCAAUACUUUUUCAGGAGAAACAUUCAAUCAAGAUAUUGAUAUCAACAAGCAAUAUACUAAACAAAAAUCAUCUUCUAUAUCUGAUGAUGAUUCUGAAGAAACAGAAAAUGCAAAAUAUACAAAAGAAAUAGUGGAUCCUAACAAAGUAUACAAAGCAGAAGAAUUGUGCAAAAGAAACAAUCAACAAAAUCAUCCACAGUAUUCAGAGCAGAAUACUGAAAAUACCAAGCAGAGUGACUGGCACAUUCAAUCUGAAACAACUUUUAAGUCAGUUCUUCUAAAUAAGACAAUUGAAGAAUCUCUGAUAUAUAGGAAGAAAUACAUAUUGUCAAAAGAUGUGAAUACUGCUAUUUGUGAUAAAAGCCCUUCUCCUAGAAAAAAUGUGAAAAGUCAGAGAAAAUCAGGGAAAGCAGUGACUUCGGAACUUAAUUCCUGGGAAUUGAAAGAAAAACAAAUGAGAGAAAAGUCAAAAGGAAAAGAAUUUACUAAUGCAGCAGAAACCUUAAUAAGCCAAAUUAAUAAGAGAUACAAACCAAAAGAUGACAUGAAGUCUACAAGAAAAUUAAAGGAGUCUUUGAUGGAUGGUGGUUUUUUAAACAAAUCUGACCUACAACUUAGUAAGGAAAAAGUUCAGAAAAAAAGUUACAGAAAACUGAAGACUACUUUUGUUAAUGUUACUUCUGAAUGCCCAUUGAAUGAUGUUUAUAAUUUUAAUUUGAAUGGAGCUGAUGAUCCUGUUAUAAAACUCGGAAUCCAAGAAUUUCAAGCUACAGCUACAGAAGCAUGUGUGGAUAAUUCAAUAAAAUUGGUAGGUUCACGGAAUCAUGAUGAACUUCAACCUUCUCUCAAAACAAAAGAUGAAAGGAUUAUCACAAAUCAUAAAAAGAAAAAUCUCUUCAGUGAUACUGAAACAGAAUAUAGGUGUGAUGACAGCAAGACAGAUAUUAGCUGGCUAAAAGAACCAAAAUCAAAACCACAGCUAAUAGACUAUAGCAGAAAUAAAAAUGUGAAGAAAUGUGAAAACGGGAAAUCAAGACCAUUCUUGGAUAAGGGUCAACCAAGAUCUAAAAUGGCAUACAAAAAAAACACCAAGCAGAGGGAGGAGAUAGUUCCCGAUGGUAGAACCAGACUUCCAAGAAGAGCAGCAAGAACCAAAAAGAAUUAUAAAGAUCUCUCAAAUUCAGAAUCAGAGAGUGAACAAGAAUUGUCACAUUCAUUUAAAGAGAGCUUUCUAGUAAAGGAGGAAAACAUCCAUUCCAGAACCAAAACAAUGAAACUGCCAAAGAAACGACAGAAAGUCUUCUCUGCUGAUACACAAAAAGAACUAUCAAAAGAAUGGAAAUACUCAUCUCUACUAAAAGAUACUAUAAAAGAUAAUAGCCUGGAUUCAUCUCCUUCAUCUUUAUCUGAGACUCCAUCAUCUGUAGAAGUAAUGAGAUGUAUAGAGAAAAUAACAGAAAAUGAUUUUAUUCAGGAUUGUGACUGUAGAACAAAAUCUCUAUCACCUUACCUGAAAACCUCAUCACCUGAAUCCUUAGACAGUAACAAAGAAGUUGGAGGUCCGGUAAACUCAUCCAAAAACAAUGGAACAAACUUGCUAUGUGCAAGUGAAAGUUGCUCACCAAUUCCACAACCUCUGUUUUUGCCCAGGCAUCUUCAAAAUCAGAAUAAUGCAAUAGUGAAUAGAAAAAGGAUAAAUGCUGUGGUACUUAAUUGUACACAUAAUUGUAAUAGCUUUUCAGAGGUAAGCAGUUAUAAUUCAGGAAAAAAAGAGCUUAUGGAAAUUGAAUUUCCAAUUAUUAAUGAAAAUCAUAUACAAAGCAAAAGAGAGGGAAGCCAUUCACCAUCUCCAUUAUCCAUGUCUAGUGAAAAAAGAGAGAAAAUAUUGUUUGAUAUGCCUUGUGACACUACUCAUGUAUCAGGCUCCACUCAGCAUCUUAGUUGUAAACGAGUGUACAUAGAAGAUAAUCUUGGUAAUGUCAAUGAAGUGGAAAUGGAAGAAGAAGAACAGAGAGUCCACUUGCUUCCCAAAAGAUGGUGUAGAACUGAAGAUGCAGACCACCACACCUGCAGAGUAUCUGAAAACAUAUCUCCAUUAUCAACAGAUGAUUUUUUAAUUCCUGAGGAGAACUGGGAAAGUGAAUUUUCAGGUGUAGGGUUGAUUUGUGAGAAGAUCAAUUCAGAAUUUAAGAGGAAGAUUCAUAUCCGACAUAAAAUGAUGGAUUAUUUUACUAAGCAGUCUUGGAAAACAGCUCGGCAACAUCUGAAAACAAUGAACCAUCAAAUUCGGGAGUAUAGGAUUAAAAAACUUGAUAAAUUCCAAUUUAUCAUCAUAGAAGAACUGGAGAAUUUUGAAAAAGAUUCACAAUCUUUAAAAGAUUUGGAGAAAGAAUUUGCGGACUUUUGGGAAAAGAUAUUUCAGAAGUUCAGUGCAUAUCAGAGAAGUGAACAACAGAGGCUUCAUCUUUUGAAAACAUCAUUGGAUAAAAAUGUCUUCUAUAACACUGAUUAUGAAGAAACUAUAUUUACAUCUGAGAUGUGCCUGAUGAAAGAGAACAUGAAAAUGCUCCAAGACAGGCUUCUGAAGGAAAUGCAAGAAGAGGAACUUCUUAAUGUACGGAGAGGACUGAUGUCAUUAUUCAUGGCCCAUGAAAGAAAUAUUAAUGUGUGAAAUCUUAAUUGCUAUCACAUGUUUUAUCUAAUUAUCUUUUGUAUGUAACUAAGGAAACAAUAGAUUAGUCCUACAAAGAAAAAAACUGCAUGUCACCUAGUCAAGUGUUCCUUUGGAGGAACCCCCAAAUUCAAAGAAAUCCCUCCUUAUGGAUGAGAAACACUGUAACUGGACUCCAAGCCCUAAAGACUUUUGUCUACACAAUAAUACUUUUUCUGUUUUAGAGAGGGGAGGUUUUGGGAAACCAAAUAGUAAAAGGAAUUUACACUAGUUUACUAUACUUAAAAGUUAAUUUAAUAAAUUUUAUUAUGUAAAAUGCAUUGUAAAAUUAAUACCAUUUGAACUAAAGUACAUUAUUAAAUUUGUUUAAUAGUUCAGAAUAUUCAAUUAAUAAAAAUUUAGGCACACUUAAUAGAGAAGGAAGUCCACAAUUUAAAAUGUUCACCUUAGUAAACCAUUACUUUCAGCUCACUGUUUCAUUCAGUUUUGGCUUCAAUGUAUUAGAAGGCACUAAAUGCCUAAAAUUAUAACUGUAUUAUCUAAAUAUUUUAAUUCAGCAUAGAAAUCAACUCAUAAGAAGGCUAUUUGGCAGGUCAUUUUUAAGGUCCUGAUAUAGUACUAUUUUGCUAGAUUAUUUUUUCAAAACGAGUACACAUUGAUUUGCUUUCAUAUAUUACAAUGAAAUAAAUGCCUAUUUCAGUUGCAUAAA